AUGAAGUGGGAAAUUUUGAAAUUUUUAAUUACAUUCGGUGCGGUUUUAUUGUUUUGUAAUCAAAACUGUUUGGCUUGGCGUUCCUACAAAAUCAUCUUUACCACCUUCGAGUAUGAAGUCAAUCCCAAACACCUGAAAGCCAAUAUUCAGAUACAAAACACCACCGGUGAGACCACUCUAAAUAUUAUGCUAAAUGUCUUGUCGGAUAUUGAUGACAUUGUCCUCAACUAUGAUGUGGCAAUUGAGGGCGAUCAACCGAAUAACUUUACCACAAUUGUGAAACGGAAAAUUGAAUUUUGUAAAUUUCUUCAGGAACGUCCCGAUGGUAUGGGUUUUCGUCGCCACUAUGAAGAUAUCCUCAAACAGGAUUCAUUUAUUAGAAAUUGCCCUUUGAAGAAGAAUUCGGUUUUUACAUUACGCAAUUAUAAUAUUGAUGAAGAGCUAUUACCACAAUAUGUUCCCGAAACGCAUUUCUAUGUGGAUCUACAAAUGGAUAUGAGGAGGAGAGCGGCGGCACCAGGAGAUGUGGAAAUGUUGCUCAAGGGUCGUAUCAAUGGCAGCAUUGAUAAAUCAAAGGGUUUUAAUAAUUUGAAAAUGUUUAGCAUGGGUUAA